CUUUUACAGGCAUUUGGUUCCUCGACUUGCUUAUUUAGAAUAUGGCCGUUUCGCGCUCAUUGGGUAGAUUACGCUGCUUCACUAUCACGUACGUCUAAAGAUAUAAGACAUAACACCGUUCUGAAGUAAAAAUCCAACAUUUAUAUGUAUAUCAAAGGCCACUGAAAGCCAUUGAAUUCUGACAUUCAAGACCUUCCGACUUUUCUUGGGUUGCAACGAUGGUAUCUGUUACUGAUACGCAUACACAUGCGAGUUUGAAACAUGCAAUACUAUCAACCUGUUUUGCUGCCUCUUUAUAUCUUGCGUCCGCGUCACCAGUGUUUGCGGCCGCCGUCAUAGGUCACCGGGACACGGCCGUAUCUGUAAACGAAUGGGACCCCGUGCUUCAGGAAGCUGAAGGCGCGCAAUGUGCCGACCUUGCAGUAAUUUUCGCUCGCGGGACCUUUGAUAAAGGAAAUCUAGGACCCUGGGUUGGUGGUCCGUUCCGUGAUGCCUUGGUUAGUGGGUCGACGGGCGUCAGUCUGGCGAUCCAAGGCGUUAGUACUAGUAACUACCCUGCCGAUUUGGCUGGCUACAUCGAAGAAGGAGGGUCAAGCAGUUGCGCUACGAGUAUCGGAGAGAGUGUACAGAAAUAUGUCUCGUAUUGCCCGGAUGCUAAGGUUGCCAUUUGGGGAUGGAGCCAAGGCGCGCAGUGCGCACACAAAGCGUUGGGUGAACUAGGCAGUGCGGUUACAAAUGUCAUCGCGUUGGGGGUAUUCGGCGACCCGAUCAGCGUUUGGCAGGACAGCGUAGAUUAUCCUGCGAUACCAAAGGAUAUUACGCUCCUAUCGUAUUGCGAGAAGACAACUUCAGAUCCCCUUUGUACUGACCCGAUGGAAGACUUCCCACGGAAUCCCAAGGCGUUCAUCAAUAGACUCAAGACUAUCUGGGAAGAGGUAGAUACGACGCAUAUGAACGACGCCCAGAAGGAAGCUGUUGGGGAGCUUCUAGUUGAGCUCCCUAAACAAGCCAUAAAGGAACUCGGUCAGCUCGCGACGGAUAUCUCCCAAGGUCACCUACGACGCUGGAUGCUGAGUCCGCAACACUUUUGGUACGGCAUCGACGGGAAGGUCAAGAUGGCCGUAGACGACCUUCUUCGUGUAUAUAAUAGUCAAAAGUAGUUGGGGAGUUGAGAAAUAUUAGAAUUCAUAAUGUUGUGAACUUUCGUCGUUUAACAGGAGGUAGUACAUGUGCUUUAGGUGUACCCAAGGUGGCCCCAAACUCAACCAAACUUGGUCUGCGCAAGCGUCUUAGUUAUCGAUAACGAUACCAAUAACUCAUUGGCUAUUGGCCUGGUUUUUAAGUAAGCGUCGGUUCCUCUCCAACAUGAUCAUCUGCGU